CCUUACCAGUGACAAACGGCCUUAUCCCCUUCCAAGCUCUUAGUUUGGUUUCCUUCCACUUGCCAACUGAAAGCAUAAGCAUUAGGCAUGGCUUCCAUCUUCCCACAAUUCCUCUCAACUCAUAAUCCUCCUCACCCACCACCAAACCACCUCCCAACCCAAACCACCGCAGCUCCCUCCCACCUUUCCCUCCAUAGACCACCCAGGAAACACUUGUCCACCACCACAUGCGCCACUCCAAACCCUACUCAACCUGACUUCCCAAGUCCAGACUCCGAAACCACCACCAGCGCCGAGACAUUCCCCAUCGAAAAGCGAAGAAAAUCCGACAUCACCCGAGACAGGAGCAGGUCAGAAACCGGCCUCGCAAAGCCGGAACCCCCCAACUUUGAGAUUGGUUGGAAGAGAACCAAAGAGAUAAAGCUAGAGAAGCCGAUAGGGUACGUAAUAGCUGACUUCUUGGAGAAGUUAGAGGACCUGAUGGGAAAAGAAUUUGGCUCCACUGAACUGUUGCUAAAAGUGGCGGAGAUCGUGGCUGAGAGAGCGAGAGAGGAAGCGCAAGUGUUGAGAGACGAAGGCAAAGUGGAGGACAGAAUGGUGACCGAGCUGUUUAGGGUUUUGAGGUUGAUAGAGAUGGACAUGGUUAUGGUAAAAGCUGCUGUCAAGGAAGAGACUUUGAAUGAGAGGCUUGAGCAGGCUAAGGCAAGGUGCAGGCAAGCUAUACUUGUUGCUUUGUCGUUCUGAAAUUUUUUUCUUUUUUUUUUUUUAAUAUUUCUGGAUUGUACAUUUGGUAGAAAUUGAGCAAAUGAAAUUUUUUUUUUCCCCGAA